CUAUUUCCCUCCUCCCUCUCUUUCAUAAAUUCCUCUUUUGUCGAUACAUAAUUUUUCCUAGGUUUUCGAUUUUCGAUUUUCGAUUUUUGAUUUUUGAUUUUUGAUUUUCCCCUUUCUCUCUCACGAAUCCAAUCAUGAGUAACCCCAAGAAAGAGAGCUUCGAUAUGUCCGAUUUCGACUCCUCCCUCCCCGCCGCCGCCGCCGCUUUGAGUGCAGAGGAUCGUGCGGGUUUAGUAAACGCCCUUAAGGAUAAACUGCAGGAUUUGGCUGGGCACCACGCUGAUGUUAUGGAGACUUUGUCGCCGGAAGUGAGGAAGCGCGUUGAGACGCUUAAGGAAAUUCAGAGCCAACAUGAUGAGCUGGAGGCAAGGUUCCUUGAGGAGAGAGCUGCACUUGCAGCUAAAUACCAGAAACAGUACGAACCUUUAUAUACAAAACGAUUCGAAAUUGUGAAUGGUAUUGUGGAAGUUGAAGGAGUGACUGAUGUUUCAGUGGAGCAGGGAGAGGACAAAGCAAAUGAAGGUAAAGGUGUGCCCGACUUCUGGGUAACAGCAAUGAGGACUAAUGAGAUAUUAUCUGAGGAGAUCACAGAUCGUGAUGAAGAGGCUCUAAAAUAUCUCAAGGACAUCAAAUGGUGUAAGAUUGAUAGUCCCAAGGGUUUUAAGCUUGAGUUCUUCUUCGACACCAAUCCUUUCUUCAAGAAUUCUGUACUGACAAAAACAUACCAUAUGAUUGAUGAUGAUGACGAGCCCAUACUAGAGAAGGCCAUAGGGACGCAGAUUGAAUGGUAUCCUGGCAAAUGCCUGACUCAGAAGGUCUUGAAGAAAAAGCCGAAGAAGGGGGCUAAAAAUGCAAAGCCGAUAAUAAAGACUGAGAAAUGUGAGAGUUUUUUCAACUUCUUUAGUCCGCCAGAGGUUCCAGACGAUGAAGCUGACAUUGAUGAGGAUGAAGCUGAAGAACUCCAAAAUCUGAUGGAACAAGACUAUGACAUUGGCUCCACAAUUCGGGAUAAACUUAUUCCACAUGCUGUUUCUUGGUUUACUGGGGAGGCUGCUGAAGGCAACGAACUUGACAUGGUGGAUGACGAGGAUGAUGACGAGGAUGAUGAUGAAGAAGAUGAGGAUGAAGAUGAGGACGAAAAUGAUGACGAUGAUGAUGAAGACGAAGAGGAGGUCAAAAACAAGAAGCCUUCUGGACCAAAGAAAAUUACAAGAGCACAAAUUGCGGGAGGCCAAGAGGGGGAACGCCCUCCAGAAUGCAAGCAACAGUAGGACUCGGUUACAGAUAAACGGGACUGCGGAAAUUGGUUCUUUUUCCUUCUAUAUUAUGUCUCUUGCUUCGUUUUUUUUUCUCUCUUUAUGGAUGACAUCGGUUUUCUAUGGUGGUUGAGUGGAAUAUUUGAGAUUUGAGGGAUUACUGGAGAUGUAUUUUUGUUUGGUUUUUUUUGUCCAUCCAAUCUAUUUUCUCUGUAUUAUUACACUGAGUUGACGGUUUUUGCGGUUUUUGCGGUGCGUUUGUAUACCAGUCGAGCUUGAGUU